UCUGUUUCCACUCCCCAAACUUGUUCUUCGUUUCACUCAUCGCCCACAACGCAAUAACCACACCUCCGUGAAUCCAAUGCACUUAACCAGAAACCCCCUCCUUCCUUAGCUAGGGUUUAUCACACACAACCCCACCCAUUCCUUACAAAACCCCAAUCUCGAUUCUCCCUUCGCCCCUCGCGAUUCCCCCUCUCCCACACGGGAAUCCUCUAUUAUCGAGCGUAGCAACAGUGAAGAUUGGGCUUUUGGUGUUGUUUGAUUGCUACUGUUAGUUGAAUUGAAUAUCACGCUUGCAUUGGAGCGAUGUAUAAUCAAGUGAAUCGUGGUACUCAUUUCGGACAGAGUUCUGUUCCUGCAGUGCCGCCACCACCACCACCACCACCGUAUCAACAGGCUCUACCUCAUUUCCAUCAGUUCCCACCGCCACCCCCACCUAAUGUUUAUUUACAUGGACCUACCCCUCCUACUUCGUCAUCCCCGGUUCCCUUGAACCUUCCCAUUCAAGGUUCACAUAAUGUGAUGCCAAAUGCAGGGCAAUCCUAUGUUAUCCCUUCUCAAUUGCACCAUGGGAACACAGUGGCGCCACAAAUGUCUUGGGCUCCCGGGCCACCAGCUAGAACGUUGCCACCUCCACCGCAGCCUCCCUCGGCUUCCCAAGGACAGAUAUUGUAUAACCCUCCUUUCCAUCCACCACCUCCGCAGCCCGGUGAUGUUCAGAAUAUGCGUAGUGCUCCUCCGCCACCCCCCCCUUCAGUGUAUCUCCAUUCAACUGUUGGUAAUUACCAGGUGCCCCCACCUUUGCCAUCGUCUCCGCCUCCUGUUCCACCAUCUCCUCCGCCUCUUACCCCUCCUAUGACUUCUGUGUCCUCCCAUGCUACACGUGCUGAUGAUGCAAAGAUGUUUGGUUUGGAAUUGAAGUCUGUGGAUUCAGUUGAUGGAGUUGUAGCUUCUCAUACAUCUGGUGUUGUGCCGGUGUGUAAUUCUGAUUCUAAUUGGGAUGGUGGAAGUUAUAGAGAAGUUGCUGUUGCUGCAAGAGAUGAGGAUCUGCUCCCGCCCAAGCCAACAGAAGAAAAAACUGUGAAGAAGAUUGAAGCUUUGUGUCAGCUUAUAGCUGCAAAUGGUGCUGAUGUUGAAGAUAAGACUCGUCGAGAUGAAUUUCGGAAUCCUGAAUAUGCAUUUUUGUUUGGUGGUGACCCAGGAAGUGAAGCUGCAAUUUCUCACACAUAUUUCCUGUGGAUGAAGAAGAAAUAUAAUUUGGAUACUGAAUGGCAUGAAAAGAAAAGGGAAUCACCGAUGGUAGACUCUUCAGGGAAACAGUAUCAUAUGCACGUUGCAACUGUAAGUGCCGAUUCUGACAUGGAAAUGGAAGAUGAUAUCACACUUUCUGACAAAGGUCAAGGCUCAAAUUAUGCUACUGAAGCCCUAACUCAGCCACAUAAUCGGCUUGAUGAGAUGUUUAACAUGAAUCAGAAUAUACAGCAGCUGCAGAAUUCAAUAGCCAAGGACGUCUCAUCCUGUGAUGUUUCAUACUUUGGAUCCAUAAGAGUCAGCAAACAAAAUGAAGAACCAGGGAUUUUAUCUGAUGUGGAGCACAUGAAAUCUGCAGGAUCAGUUACCAAGGUCUGUAGUCCUGUGAAUGACUCAACAAAGGUAGCUGAAUUUCUCUUGGGCACUGUUUUGGAGAAAUCUACAGCUCCUGGAGAUAAAGAUUUCAUGCAAACUGGUAUUUCUGAUCAUAAAGAAACCAUUAAUCCUGAUAAAGAUAGGCUACUCGUAAGGAGUGGCAGCCUAAAAAGACUUCUUCAAAAUUAUGCUUCUGAUGAUGCUUCAGAUAAUGAAGAUGAUGGCUGUGCCGCAGAUGCUAAUGUUUUCACAGUCUCAGGAGGUGCUGACAUUGGUGUUUUGGCUGCCCAUAAAGAUUCUGGGAUUUCUAUGGAGACCAGUACUGGAUCGAAGAAUCCCUCUAGCACUCAAAAGGAGUUUAGGCCACCGUCCAAAACAUCACGGGAUGAUCCAGGAACAUCUCCAUGUAUAGUACAAGAGUCUAAGACCCGGAAAAGAUAUGUCUCACGUUGGACUAGUGAUGAAUGUAUUGAGCAUAACCUUGAAAAUCAAGUGUCUGUUAAUUUUGCUGCUUUGGUGGAAUCUUUCCAUGGCAAAGAUGGAUUAGAAGGUACUGGCAUUGACUGUGGUAACAAGAGCACCAAUGGUGAACUGGAGAAUGAGGGGAAAACCUCAAAACAUGAGCCAAAUGUUCUGAAAGUUGAUGAAUUCGGAAGACAUCUUAGAGAAUGUCUUACGGACAGUGAUUCUGAUGACUCACGCAAUCUUCAGACAAGGAAGAUAAACAAAAGAGAUAGAAGCUGGGGUCACAGCCAGUCUCCUCCUGACAGGAGGGGUAGGAGGAGGAGGAGGAGGAGGAGCCCCUGGAGGAGAAAGGAUAAAAGAAACCGGUCUCGCAGCUGGUCGCCUCGGCAACAUAGAAGCAGGAGCAGGUCUCCAAUCUUAAGACUUUCAGGAGACUUUCGUGGUGAGAAUGUGAAAAGGGACAAGGGUCAGUGCAUGAACUUCUUUCGAGGAAAGUGCUAUCGUGGAGCAUCUUGCAAGUAUGCUCACCAUGAAUCUGAAAUAAAUGCUACUUCAAAGCGCCAUAGGAAUAAACAGGAUCUGGAAGUCCGAUCUCAUGCAAAGGAAGCCAGGAUUAAUGAGGGUAUGGAGAAUAUUUCUUCUAAAGGGUCAGAUUAUGAGCAUGGAGGAAUCAGAAAUCAGGAUGUGAAUCUUUGUAAUAAUUUAGCCAGCCAUAAAGUAGUGCAGAAGAAAGAAGAUUCAGGGAGGCAUGCUGUUGUGUCUAUUACUGCUUGUCUUGAUGGUCAAUCAGUUAAUAAUAGUGAUCCAAGUAAAUCUGAAGGUUUCAGAGAGGCUGCUCCUGAAAUGCAGGAAACCAUAGGAGUCAUGGAGGAACCCAAGGCUUUAUUAAUCCAUGAAAAUGAUAGAUUUCAGAAAGCAGGGAAUUCUCAUCAGCGACACUUGGUUGAUGGUUUUAACCCUGAAGCUUUAAGCAGUGGUGAUGCUUCUAAAACAUCUGGUACAUAUAAAGACGUCAUUCCCUCAGAAGAUGGUUUAUUUGUUGUUCAGCAAAUACAACCCAAAGUUUCUGUUGGUGUUCCAGAAUAUUCUGGUUACCCAUCUCAGCUUAUAUAUGCAUCCUUUGUGACUGAUUCAUCACCUGAUAAAAGAUCAAUUGUUUCUGCUACUGCUAAUGAGGUUUAUGGUAGUGAACCAUUACCAUAUAUGUUACCUUCAACUCAGGUACAGUCAGCCACUACUUCUGUUGGUCCAUGUGUUGUCACAUCAGAGAAGCCUUCAUUGCACUCUGAGGCAUCUAAAGAGUUACCUCCGCAUAGUGGUUCUUCAGUGGAAUUACUGCUUCAUACUUACCAGUUGCCUUCUGUUGUUUCUCAUUCUCAGGGUGAAAAUACUGUACAUAUGCCACAAAUUUCAAGGCAGCAUGGUGGGAUGCAACAAAGUGCAUUCUUUCCUUUUCAAUCCACUGCACGAGAAAAGUUUGAACCUUACCCAGCUCCAUUACACACGCAGAAUUCUCACUUCAGUGUAACACCUAAUAGCACUUGGACAUCAUUGCCACCACCACCGCCACUACCACCGUCAAGAGCAAUGUAUAAUUCCAGUUUAAACUCAGGAGUUGCAAAAUCACAUGUUUCUUCAGAAUUCAAUCAGAGUCAAUUGCAUUUGAGAACUGACUUUGUUUCUCAGACUCCCACGAAGCCUGGGUUACCAACUCAUUCUCUGAAUUCUGAGUUUCAGGAUCAAGCAUACCUUCCAAUGCAGGAUCAUUCACGAACAUUCAUGCAUACUGAACCUUUCUCUCCGAAGCAUCUCCCCCAGGGGAACCCACCUAGUCAACUGCUUUCAGGUUCUAAUAUCAAUAGAGAAGACCUUAAUACUCCGCUUUCAAUGCAGGAUUCAAAAUUUUCAAGCUACACAUCAUUUGGAGGCCUACAUUCUCAAUCCAAGCAAUUUUCCUGGGAGUCAGAUGUAAACAGACCACAACCUUCUCUGGGUGGCAGGUUGUCUCCUGAGGGACAUUUUAUGACAUCUUCCCAGAUUCAUUCAUUAUCACAGAAGCAACAAUCAAUGUAUAAUUUUCAAUGUCCUGCAUCUGACGUUAAUUUGGGUGUGCCUGGGGAGACUGUUACUGUAUCCAGAUAUCCACCAGACUCUCUGGAUAGCAAUCAUUCAACCUCUCUUCCAACUAUUGGGGGAUCAAGAAUAUCUGCUCACUAUAAUCCUUAUGCAUCAACCUUUGAGAAACCACUAAGUUCCAAAUUCAGUUCAAGUAUUUAUAGACAAGAAAGUGAAAUAAUCCAUGGUAACAAUUAUGCUUCUUCUAGAUUAAACCAUACUCCUAUAAAUAGGACAGGUGAUGGUGGGGUUGGAUCAAGACAGUCAGCAUCACCAAAAUCAGCUAGAGGUUUUGGUCAGAUUUUGCCUAGAUCUGGCGGUGACCAAUAUGAUCCACUUUUUGACAGCAUUGAACCAUCAUCCUCUUUGAGAAAAAAUGAUUUUGAUCAGAAGCAGGAAGUUACAGGUGAAUCUAACAUCAGCCUAAGGCCCAAAAGUUCUCAUAUGUCUUUGGACAUGGAUGAGAAAAACAAGCAUGAGGAGGUUGGGGCUGUUGCCUCUACCACUUCUCAAAAUAAUGAUGAAUAUGGUGAGACAGCAGAUGCUGAAGUUGGUGUUGUUGAAAAUGAGAGCCUAAGUAAUGAUGUGGAUGUUGCAAAAAUGACUACAGGGGACGUUGAGAUUAAUCAGAUCAAGUCUCCAGGGAAAAGAAAGAAGAGUAAGGAAUCCAGAUCGAUGAAAUUGUUCAAAAUUUCCAUUGCAAACUUUGUAAAGGAGGUUUUGAAACCAUCAUGGCAGCAAGGUAAUAUGAGUAAGGUGGCUUUCAAAACCAUUGUGAAAAAGACUGUUGAUAAGGUGUCAGGAGCCAUGAAAGGUCAUCGUGUACCCAAGUCUCAAGCAAAAAUAAGUCAAUAUAUUGACUCGUCUCAGCGAAAGUUGACUAAACUUGUGAUGGGUUAUGUCGACAAGUAUGUCAAGGUCUGAAAGUGAACUGUCCCAAUGUUUCUUCAACAUUCAAUGUUAAUAGGUGCGGCAUUU